AUGGCGCCGUCGCUCGAGGAGUGGGUCGCCGACCUCGCCUCGGGUCACGAUGCGAGACUGACCAAGGCGGCGGUGCGCCAGUCGGCGCACGGCAAGGGCCUGUUCGCGUCCGAGCCCGUCAAGCGCGGCGACGUCGUCGCUUCGGUGCCGAAGAAGCUGACCCUGUGGGUGCAGGAGGGCAACGCGCUCGCGCUGCCGGGCGACGGCGCCUGGCCGAGGGUGCGCGCCGGCGCGUCCGCGGCGGCGCCGGACUCGGGGAAAGGGUGGGAGUUCAUCCUCGCGCGCGCGAUCGUCGACGCGGUCGCCGGCGACGGCGGCGCCUUCUGGGAGGCGUACGGCGGCAUGAUGCCCGGCCCGGAGACCCUCGCGCACCCCUUCCUCCUCUCCGACGCGACGCUGCGCGAGCUCCAGGACGACGACAUGGCGCGCAGGGCGAGGGACGAACGCGAGCUCAUCAAGGCGUUGAUGCCCGAUCUCACCACCCCGCAACACGCCAUGGACGACGACCCGCACGUCACCGUCGGCGCGUGGGCGCUGGCGCUCGUCCGAUCGCGAGCCAUGCGCGUGGGCGUCGGCGCGCACGCCGUCGUGCCCUUUCUGGACUGCGCCAACCACGCCUCGGUGCCCUCCGUCGACUACAGGUGCGACUCCGUGGAGACCCCGGCGUCUUCGGGGCUUCCGCCGCAGGCUUCGGAGGCGAUGGCGGACGUCGAGCUCGUCGCGCUGACGGACGCCGACGUCGGCGACGAGCUCCGCCUGGCGUACACAAAGGGCCAACUGACGUCGACGGAGCACUUCGAGCAGUACGGCUUCGUGCCAACGGGCGGGUCCCCGGCGGACCGCGUGCGCGGGUUACCGAGGGUUAAUAAGGGCAAGCGCGCGGCGCGGCUGGGACGAGCGCUCAGGCGCGCGAUCGGCGCGACGCUUCGAGGGGUGUGGAACGAGGUGGAGGAUGCCGAGUCGGCUCGGAGCGGGAGCGGCGUGGAAGCGUUUGACGCUCGGGCGGUGGUCGUGGCGGCGGGGGCGUCGAUCGCCGCGACGCUCGGGGACGGGGACGACGACGCGGGGGGAGGAGGACGCGAGGAGGGGGUCCUCGAGGAGGGGGUCCUCGAGGAUGCGGCGUCGUCGUCGGAGGAUAUGACGUCGGAGGAGGAGUCGGCGCACCUGGCGGCGCUGAGACGCGCGGCGGCGGAGCUCGAGGCUUCGUACGAGACCACGCUGGAGGCGGACGAGGCGGCGUUUGGCGGGGCGACCGAGAGUGGGGACGAGCGGCUCGCGAACGUGAUGCACCUGCGCGUGUGCAGGAAACGUCUGGCGCGCCGCGUGCGCGAGGUGCUCGACGGGAUCGAGUUGGAGGAAUCUUAUUAG